UCUCUCACCUCUCUCUCUCUCUCUCAUCGGUCACUUUAUCAUUUCUCUCUAGAUCUCUCAGGUGUACCAUGGUUUUUCUAGUGGGGGAAGUCCUUGAAGCCAACCGGACUGCUCGGAGGGCAUACCUGCGUGUUCUUUUUGAGUCGACUGGGCGGGAUGUUGCCAAGAAGGUAAUCUGCCUUCUCCUCUGGCUAGAGAUGACCAUGGGGUUCCAGGUCCUUGGCAGCGUGGCGACCAUGACGUCGGGCGACAUGUCGCUCGCGCGGGUCAUCGUAGAAGCGUGCGCCGUGUACAACUAUGUUCUCCAUGGCUCCUACGAGCAGCCGGCACCCCUCGUGGACAUCCCAACCAUCGUGGCCCUCUGCGGCGUGCGUGGUGGUAGGCUUGUCGACUCUAGGUUCUUCAUGUUCCACAAGGACAUCGUUGCGCGUGGUGUUGCCUUCAUCCGGGACACCUUUGCGCCGCUCAUAUUCGAUGACUAUCUCCAUGGGAUGCUACACCGGUUCAAUGAUGUUUCCAAUUCGUUCUUGGUCCCCGCACCGCUGCCCGCUCCAGAACUGAUGGCGCCGUUCAUCGUCUUCACAAGUUUGCCGCCCGAAGACUACCAAACAGCGUUUGUCGCCAUCCCUGAGCACGACCCUCUGAGCUCACAAGAUAUCCAGGAGUAUUUUGAGAGGCGUCUUAUGUUCGGGCCUUGCAUCGAGCGCAUCGACACAGAGCGGCCAGGUGUGGGGCAGGGCCCAAAGCACUGUGUCAUUGUGUUCAGGAGCACCCAGCAGAGGGACGAGGCGAUGUUCCAGGAGGCCGCGGCGUUCUUCAGGGUCAACAACGGCGAUAUGUGGGUGCAGAUCUACAUGCCUCCUCUCUGAACUGUGUGUCCCUUGCUGAGUCUGAUCACUCUACCAUGAAUGUUUGUGCUGCCGUAUGUUGGAUGACUGGUGGUGCUACAUACCAAUAAAUCGAUUUGUUAGUUGUCGUUGCUGGUAAAUCGUCGAUCCGGUGAGUGAUCAGGUGUUUCGUUGUCAAGUUUGUAAUAAUGGAGACGAUUUGAAGCUACUGAAACACAAUUUGUAGCUGUUCGUUCCUUGGUUGAAA